UUAGUUCACGAUCUGACACUGAAGUGUUCACAUAUUUCAAGUGCUAUUAUCUGAAAAUGGUUCACAUGUUUGUUUUGUUCUGCUUGUGGCGUUUGGUUGGUGUGUUUGGUGAUGAUGCAGUGAAGUCAGUGUCAGUGAUGGAGGGAGAUUCAGUCACUCUAAACUCUGGUUUUACUGAAAUAGAUGAUGAAGAUCUGAUUCUGUGGAGGUUUGGAGCUGAAAACACUUUAAUAGUUCAAAUCAAUGUACUGGAGGGCAGAUUCACUGUAUAUGAUGAUGUUCUUGAUGAGAGAUUCAGAGACAGACUGAAGCUGGACGAUCAAACUGGAUCUCUGACCAUCACAAACAUCACAACUGAACAUGCUGGAGUUUAUAAACUAGAGACCAACAGUGUGAGAAAGAGUUUCAAUCUCACUGUCUAUGCUCGUCUGCCUGUUCCUGUCAUCAGCAGAUACUUUACACAAUGUUCUUCUUCAUCAUCAUCAUCAUCAUCUUCAUCAUCAUCAAAUUGUUCAUUGGUGUGUUCAUCUGUGAAUGUGGGUCAUGUGACUCUCUCCUGGUACAAAGGAAACAGUUUAUUGUCCAGCAUCAGUGUGUCUGAUCUCAGCAUCAGUCUCUCUCUACCUCUGGAGGUGGAAUAUCAGGAUAAAAACACCUACAGCUGUGUGCUGAACAAUCCCAUCAGCAACCAGACUCAACAUCUGGACAUCACUCAACUCUGUCACACAUGUGCAGAAGCCCACACCCACUGUUGUGAUUCUGUUGAAGCUGUGCUCCGAUUGGUCGUCACUGCUCUGAUGGGCGUGGCUGCUGCUGCUGCUGCUGUUCUUCUGGUCAAUGACGUCAGAUCAACAAGAAGUUAAACAGAGGAAACAGAACAGAUAUCAUAAAUAUUGUGGCAUAUAUCGGAGUUUUAAUCAGUAAAGAUGAAAAAUUAUGUGUGGUUUAAUUGUUCAUUGAUGGUGAAACAAAGCUUUGCUUUCUCUGUAAAAAUCUUCUUUACCUGAAUCUGGGGUAUUAGGGGCCAUCUGGUGGCCAAAACAAUGAAUAUUCUGCAAUAUUUAAUUUUAUUCUAAUACCAUCCAUUUUAAAUUUCUUUUUGCUUAAUUUAAGUGAUUUUACUAUUUUCAUUUUGUUGUAGAAUUAUAUGCAGCAACCCCCAAAAAUACAAAUGUAAAAACACUUCCAAUUUCUCCAAUCAGGAACAAGUUACAAAUCACCUGAUUCACUUCACACAUGCUCGGUUUAGUUCUUAUUCCACAUGUGAGAAAGUAGAGCCCUGUGGCAGACACAGCUGAUUCUGGACACGAACUCAUUUUGAUGUAAGAAAGUAACUUUUUUUUUUUUUUUUUUUACUUCAUUUAUUUUUGUUAUGGCAAUUGCUGCUUUGUAGUUAAACUCAUCAAAGUUAAAUUAUGUUUAUUAUGUCUCUGUGUAGAUAUGUUUCUUGCAAGCUGUAAGAUGAGCUAGUUCAUGCAACAAGAUACUGGGUUAGUUGUAACAUCAAUGAAGCAUGUUACAGCCUAUCCCAAGUCAAUUUUUUGUUGUAUUUAUGCUUCUUUUUUUUUAUUUUAUUUUUUUUAUUUCAGUAUGCCUAAGUCAGGGGUGUCCAAACUCAGUCCUGGAGGGCCACUGUCCUGCAAAGUUUAGCUCCAAUUUGCCUCAACACACCUGACUGGAAAUUUCUUGUAUGAUAAGUAAGACCUUUAUAGCUGGUUCAGGUGUGUUUAAUUGGGGUUGUUGCUGAAUUCUGCAGGAUGGUGGCCCUCCAGGAGCAGGAUUGGACACCCCUGGCCUAAGUCUUGGAAGAGAAAGACAAAUUGAGGGAUGUAAAUUGAGCAUUUGCUCAUUUUAUUCAUUUUUGUUACACACACACACCAAUUAUGUUAAAAAGUCUGAGCUGAAUAAAAAGCAUUCAAAAUGGA